AAAUUGAUUGUCUGUAGAAAUAGCUCUUCUCUCAGGAAUUAGGAAAGAAAACCAUCUGGAAUUGAAAUAUUUUCACCCCUUUGGGUCGCGUGUCAUGACUCUUGUUUCCCGGGCUCCGGCCCGCCUCGCGGACUAUUUAAAGAUUCUCCUCUCGGUGCCUCAGUCCUCGAGCCCUGCAGCGAGUCAACACAGCCGAUUGACUGUAGAGCGCGAGAAAAGGGAAACUCCUGUCUGUCAGAACGAAAACAAACGGGUUGUAGUGUGCACGCUGUUAAAAUAAACUAGCAACAAUGUCUGAGGAAAUUAUUACCAGAAUGUGCCUUUUUCUACUCAUCGUCUGCUCGACAAUGGCCCAGGACUGUUCCGAUCCCUGUGACUGUCCCUCGGACCCUCCUCCAUGCCCGUUUGGUACCAGCCUGGUUCUGGAUGGCUGUGGUUGCUGUAAGGUGUGUGCCAGGCAAGCCGACGAGCCCUGUACCCUCCUGGAGCCAUGUGACCACCACAGGGGGCUUUACUGUGAUUAUGCAAUGCUGAGUGACACUGAGCACGGCAUCUGCAUGGCCCAGGAAGGCCAGACGUGCGACCUGGGAGGGGUCAUCUACCGCAGUGGAGAGACCUUUCAGCCCAGCUGCAAGCACCAGUGUGUCUGUAUGAACGGAGAGAUCGGCUGCGUGCCAACCUGUGCCAGCGACGUGUGGCUGCCCUCCCCAGACUGCCCCUACCCACGCCGCAUCCAGAUCCCUGGGAAGUGCUGUGAGGAGUGGGUGUGUGACCAGAGCCCUCAGGACCACCCCUAUCAGUCAGCCAUGGCUGGAUCUGAAAUUCACCCCUUGGUCUCUUCUUCCCCUCUGUCAGUCUACAGAGAGGUGUCAGCCCAUGGGCCGGUCCCGGUGGAGAGCCCCAGGGAGAACUGCAUCGUCCAGACCACCAAAUGGGACGAAUGCUCGGCCACCUGCGGCAUGGGCGUGUCGUCCCGCGUCACCAAUGACAACGAGCGGUGCCAGCUGGAGAGGCAGACUCGUAUCUGUAUGAUCCGGCCCUGCCACGUGGAGCAAGAGAAGGACAUCAAGAGGGGGAAGAAGUGUGUACGGACCCCCAAGUCCCCGCGAGGCGUGCGCUUCCAUCUGUCGGGCUGCAGCAGCAGGAGGGUCUACAAGCCCAAGUUCUGUGGUGUGUGUACGGACGGGCGCUGCUGCACCCCCCACACCACCGUCACCGCAGAGGUGGAGUUCCACUGUCCCGAGGGAGACGCCUUCAGACGCAAGAUGAUGUUCAUCAAGACGUGCUCCUGUCACCACGACUGUCCCCGAGACAAUGACAUCUUCCUGGCUUCGCACACACGCAGGAUGAUCGGGGACUAUGACAACGAUAUGUAAACAUCAUGGCUGCCAAACAAACUGACAUAAACAGUACAUAAACACAUCAGCCCAUACACACACACACACACACACACACACACACACACACACACACACACACACACACACACACACACACACACUGAUAAAACUACUUACACGCUCUCACACACACACACACACACACACACAUACACACACUGAUAAAACUACUUCACAUCGCUCACACACACACACACACACACACACACACACACACACACACACACACACACACACACACACACACACACACACACACACACACACACACACACACUGAUAAAACUACUUCACAUCGCUCUCACACACACACACACACACACACACACACACACACACACACAUAGGCAGCUUUUUGAAUUCCUGGACCCCUGUCUCUACUUUACUACCCAUAGACAUGUCUACCUAGUGGUGAGACUGAAAACAAGUAUGUGAGUUCAAGCAUGAGAUUGACUCUUUAGGUUUUCUUUUGUUACUUUCGUUUUUUUGUUUGGGUUUCUAACGCGCAGCUCUAAAGUCACCUGGCUCUUUGACUCGUCUGCCUGUGUAUCUACAGAGAUACUAUAGGGUGGAUCUGACGCACUGAGGAAUCAAUGUUAGAGACACGUAGCACAUCACUUAGGAAGGUAUAUAGUUAUAUUCACUGCAAAAGGGUUAUAGGAGCAUGACACGGUAGUGUACAGAUGAGCAGAAGGUACUUACUCAACCAAAUGUCACAUUUUGACAUAAAAUGUUAGAAUAUGACAUUUAAAAAAAAAAAUACAUUAUUCAUAUGUUAAAGAUUAGCAAUACAGAAAUAGUUUGAAUAUAUUAUACUACUAGUAUGUGCCUCGACUGAUCUGCAUAUUAUUGAGUGUAUAUAUAUAUAUAAUUAUAUACACCUGACACAAAAUCAUUGGACAUGUUUAUGAUUGAGUCUUUUAACUUCGACGGGGACGUUAUCUAUAUCUCUCAUUAUUUAGUCACUUCAUUAGUUGUUGACCACUGAUAUAUUUUUUGUUUAGUCCAACGUAAGAGUUUGGGUCCCUAAAAAAUUGCUUUGUCUGACUGUGAAUUCACGUUCACAGCAUGGUCAAAAAGAGACAUUAAAAUGACUCAAAUCCAAAGGAGAAAAAAAACUCUAGUCCAAAAACACUUAAAAAAACAAAAAGUGUCUUGGCUGAAGAAUGUAAAUAAUAUUGUUUACUGUUAAUUUAAAAAAAAAAAGGAAAGAAAGAACAAAGGAAAUAAAUAAAUUCUGCAUUGACGAAUACACUUUGUGUAAAUACUGUAAGACUGUGUACAGUUUAGUACUAUAAUUUAUGUACCUGGUUGUUGCUGUUUAAUUAAUAACACCAGGUUGUAAGUUGUUGUUGUAUUUCUAUCAUACUUGUUUUUCACUGUAACCACCUGGCCAAGAUACAAGCGAGUUCCUAUUGUUGCACUUUUGUCUAUUUCUAAUUAAAUAAAUUAUAUAUUUUUUAUAUUUAAACUAC